AUGAAUUUAAUCAUAAUCACCAUACUAAUCUCAACAGCUUUAUCACUAAUUCUAGCCCUAGUCUCCUUCUGACUACCACAAAUGAAUCCGGACGCAGAAAAACUCUCCCCAUACGAAUGUGGCUUCGAUCCACUAGGAUCAGCACGACUCCCAUUUUCACUACGAUUCUUCCUAGUAGCCAUCCUAUUCCUACUAUUCGACUUAGAAAUUGCCCUAUUACUACCACUCCCAUGAGGAAACCAAUUACCAGAUCCAACCCUCACCCUCCUAUGAGCCGCAACAGUCUUAAUCCUUCUCACACUAGGACUAAUUUACGAAUGACUACAAGGAGGCCUAGAAUGAGCUGAAU